GUGACACGUAAGUUGGGUGGGAGGUGGCGGCGGCCGAGGCUCCAGCAGCCGGGUCAGUGACAUUGUACCACCUUUCCCCAAACCCGGCCAAAGCAACCUGCCCCCCCCCACACCUAUCCACCCACCCGGCUAGCCAAGAGCGGGGGCUCCGCCCGGAGCCCACUCCCUUUGUUGGGCUAGCACCCUCUCUUUUAGUGGCAACAAAGUCGUGCAGUGGGAGCCGGCGCGAGGGGGCGGGGAGCAGCCGGGGCGGGACUCCCGAGAGCCGCCGGGGACAGCGAGGCCAAAAAGUGGGGAGGAGGAAAAAAGCAGGCGGUGUCUGGGGACUGGCGCUAGGGCAGCCAGUUCUAAAGUAUGCGGAGGGCCCCCUCCUGGGCCCGGGCACUCGCUGAGAGCGAGCCUCGCAGAAGUUUGGCGGCCCCUGCCCUGGCGGCGUUGAUGGCUGUGCGCCCCGCGGCGCGCGGGGGCUGAGCGGGCGCCACUUCCCCUCCAGCCCCGCUUUUGUGUCUCGCGUCUCCUUAUGCGGCGCCCGGCCACCUCCUGCGGUGGCCGCUGCUGAACGCACGCUCGGGCGGAGGAGAGGAGGCGACCGCUACCGCCGCAGCGCAGGGUUUAGGCGGGACUAUGGGAAACGGGAUGUGCUCCCGAAAACAGAAGCGGAUCUUCCAGACGCUGCUGCUGCUGACCGUGGUAUUUGGCUUUCUCUAUGGCGCGAUGCUCUAUUACGAGCUGCAGACACAGCUGCGGAAAGCCGAGGCGGUGGCGCUCAAGUACCAGCAGCACCAGGAGUCCCUCUCUGCCCAGUUACAAGUUGUGUACGAACAUAGAUCAAGAUUAGAGAAAUCCUUGCAAAAGGAAAGACUUGAACAUAAGAAAGCAAAGGAGGAUUUCCUUGUUUAUAAAUUAGAAGCACAAGAAACACUAAAUAAAGGAAGGCAAGAUUCCAAUAGCAGAUACAGUGCAUUGAAUGUCCAACAUCAGAUGUUGAAAAGUCAACAUGAGGAGCUGAAGAAACAGCACAGUGACUUGGAAGAGGAACAUCGUAAACAAGGAGAAGACUUCAGUAGAACAUUCAAUGACCACAAGCAGAAAUACUUGCAACUUCAGGAAGAAAAGGAACAAGAACUUUCUAAGCUAAAAGAAACUGUGUACCAUUUGAGAGAAGAGAAUAGACAAUUAAGGAAAGCUCACCAAGACAUACAUACACAGCUUCAAGAUGUCAAGCAACAGCAUAAGAAUUUACUCUCCGAGCAUGAACAACUUGUAGUGACUUUGGAAGACCACAAGAGUGCACUAGCUGCUGCACAGACUCAAGUUGCAGAAUAUAAGCAACUGAAAGAUACUCUGAAUAGGAUCCCAAGCUUUCGAAAUCCUGACAUAGCAGAGCCGCAGAAUGCUACCCUUACCCAGGUGGCACGUUCUCCACGAGGUUACAAUGCAGCAAGGGAGCAGCCAACCAGAGAGCCACAAGAGGUGUCUCGAUACAGCAAUGUAUGGCAGAAACAUGAAGCAAUGCCGAGAAGAACAGAAGACGCAAAACCUUAUUUUCCCACCCAGAAAGAGGCACAUUUUCAGACUGUGGCCCAGCCUAACCAACAAGUGGUACCCCCAGAGCCAGAGGCACAUCAGGUGGAAGAGGAGCACAGAAAAGCCCUGGAAGAGGAGGAGAUGGAGCAGGUUGGGCAGGCAGAACGUCUGGAGGAAGAACAUGAUCCCUCACCAGAGGAGCAGGACCGAGAGUGGAAAGAACAGCAGGAACGAAAUCAGGCUGCCAACCUCCUGGAGGGGCACGCUCAGGCUGAGGUAUACCCUUCAGCCAAGCCGGGCACCAGGGCCCGGUCCCCAUAUGAGGAGCAGUUGGAACAGCAGAGAUUGGCGGCAAGGAGGGAUGAGGAGGCCCAGCGGCUGCGAGAACACCAGGAAGCUUUGCACCAGCAGAGGCUGCAGGGACACUUGUUACGGCAGCAGCAGCAGCAGCAGCUUCUGGCCCAGGAGAUGGCCCAGCAGAGGCAAGACCAGCAGGAGGAAGACCAGCAGCGGCGCCAGGAGCAGCUACGGCAGCAAGCUCAUUAUAAUGCUAUGGAUAAUGAUAUCGUUCAGGGAGCAGAGGACCAGGGAAUCCAGGAAGAGGAAGGAGGUGCCUAUGAAAGAGACAACCAGCACCAAGAUGAAGCAGAAGGAGACCCAGGAAAUGGACAGGAGCCUCACGGACAAGGGCCCCCCGAAGCUGACCCGGAAUCAGAGGCAGAUCGGGCAGCUGUAGAGGAUAUAAACCCAGCAGAUGACCCCAAUAAUCAAGGCGAAGAUGAAUUUGAGGAAGCCGAACAAGUGAGAGAAGAAAAUCUGCCAGAUGAAAACGAAGAGCCAAAACAAAGCGAUCGAAAGCCAGAGAACGCAGACAUGGAGGAGCAUUUGGUGAUGGCAGGAAAUCCAGACCAGCAGGAGGAUAAUGUUGAUGAACAGUACCAGGAAGAGGGAGAGGAGGAGGUUCAGGAAGAUUUGACUGAAGAGAAAAAAAGGGAACUGGAGCGUAAUGCUGAGGAGACCUAUGGUGAAAAUGAUGAAAACGCUGAUGAUAAGAACAACGAUGGAGAAGAGCAAGAAGUUAGAGAGGACAACCGCCCCAAAGGUAGAGAGGAACACUAUGAGGAAGAGGAGGAAGAGGAGGAAGAUGGGGCUGCCGUUGCUGAGAAAUCCCAUCGAAGAGCUGAAAUGUAGCUGUGCCCAACUUCCGGACAGUGCUCGGCCAACAAAUUUUUUUCAAGCUGCUUCGGAAUCUGCCUACUGAACUCUAGGAUAUUUAAUUACAAAAAAUAAAGAAUUUAGACUUUUUUUUAACUUUUGUAUUAGAAAUGCUCAUACAUUUAUAUGAAUAUAUUUUGAUAACGUAGGGUAGAACUUUUAUAUACAGGCUAAUCAUGACCAAGAAGAAAAACAGUAAAGCGUACCUUAGGCUCUGAUUCUCAUUUCUCUCAAAUCUGUGAUGUUGGAAAGAGCACUGCUUUGGUGUUUGUUUCAACUUGUUACCUUCCUGUCUUCUAGUUUCCAGGUGUUCUUUCAUUUGCCUUUCAUAUAAUACAGAAUUGAAAAAACAAGACCUAUUGCAAAAGUGCUGUGUAAACUCUAAGGCGAAUGGCUAGUUUUACUGAUUGCUGCUCUUCUGAGGCUCUUGUGUAUAGUUCUGGUAGAGUUUUCACCAGACUGUGUAUCUCUGGAAUGAGAGCUCUAUACAGAGUGACAUACAGAUUUCAAAAUGGAAAGCCAUUUGUUGUUGUUGUUGUUGUUGUUGUUGCAGGGUAAAUGUACCAUUUUUCAAGCAUUUCAGAUCAGUUAAGAAAAUGUUUGGUGUUACUUCAAAUCACAACUGUUCUGCUUGAGGGAAAUCAAGCUUCAAAGUGAGAUGCUAUUAAGACUUGUAUGGCAGCAUCAUGUACUUAAUUUGGUAUUUCAGUGUUCAAACAAGGUGUAACAGACACAUCAUUGUAUCCACAAUUUUGAAAGACAAAACUUGCCUAAAAAGAAAAUUGAUGUGUGUGUGUGUGUUGUUUUAUACAUAAGCACCUGUUCACGAUAUUUUUUUCUGAAGUCACCUAAUGAUAUCUGUCUUUCAGUAUCUAGUUCCUCACCACAGUAUGUAUUUCUCCCUUAAGCUCUGUGCCUCAAUAUGCAAUCACUUUGAUGCCAAUUAUGAAUAUGAAGGCAUACCAAACUGUACAACUUCAUAGGAUUAUUUUUCAAAAUUAUGUGGUGAAAUAUAUACACAGUGAUAAGAUAGGCCCUUGUGGCUUUUCUACUUGCUGGGCACCAGCAUGGUUUUUGCUAGUUUAAUGACUAUGAAUUAUAAAAAAUCCCAUAAAAUAAGGAAAUUAAAAGUCAAAAACUUCCCCUGAAAUAACAUAUUUCAGUUACAAGCAUAAAUAUUUUUUAAAUGUAUAGAACUAGGUUAUAUAAUUCAUGUGUGUGGUUUUUAAAAUAAUACUUUCAAAGUAAUAGAAACAAAUUUCAUUUUCUACCACUAUUAUAUGAAUGUAAUUUUAUUUUUAAUAACCACACUCAUGUAUGGUUUUGAUUAUCCCAGCUGAGCAAUUGUGUAUGUAUGCAUAGGAAUGUUUUGUUCAAAUGUAUUUUGGAUUUCCAAUGAUGAUGAAUCAAAUCUUACCUUUAUGUAUAGAAACCCUUUUAUGUAAUGUAAAAUGUAUAAUAUUGUACAUAAUAUUCAGAAUACAAUUAUUUUGGUAAAUUAGUUUGUAUUUUUAAUGUCCCAGUUGCAGUAUUUAAUUAUUUGAAACAUAUUGAAACAGGUAAUAGUCAAUAAAGCUCUAAAAAGCAAGUGAUAAA